AUGGCGGCUGACCUCCGGCAGACGCCGGCGUGGUUCCUCUGGUUGGCCGUCCUCGGCGCCCUCCACGUUGUGGCGUUCUCGUCCCGCCUCCUCGUCCACCUUGCGCACUGCCUGCGCCGACCCAAGGACCUCCGCCGGUCCUAUGGCGCGUGGGCAGUGGUCACCGGCCCGACGUCCGGCAUCGGGCGGUCCGUCGCCCUGGAACUCGCCCGCCGGGGCCUCAACCUCGUCCUCGUCGGCCUCGACGCCGCGGAUCUGCAGGAGGUCUCCGACACGAUCAAGUCCCGUCACCCCGUGGAGACCAGGGCCGUGGUGUUCGACCUCUCCCUCGUCUCCACUCCCCAAGGCGACGAGGCGCUGCGGCGGCUCCGGGACGUCGUGGAGGGGCUGGACGUGGGGCUCCUCGUCAACAACGCCGGGGUGAUGAGCCCUCGCGCGGCGUUCCUGCACGAGGCGGACGCGGAGGCACUGAUACGCAUGAUCCGCGUGAACCUGUGGGCGACGACGGAGGUGACGGCGGCGGUGAUCCCCGGCAUGGCGACGAGGGGCAGGGGCGCCGUGGUCAGCAUGGGGUCGGCGACGUCGGAGGCCGUCGCCUCCUUCCCGCUCCACGCCGUCUACUCCGGCACCAAGCGGUACGUCGCGUGGCUCUCCAGGGGCCUCGCCGCCGAGUACGGGGGCGGAGGGGUCGACGUGCAGUGCCAGGCGCCGAUGUUCGUGGCGACGGCGAUGAUUGACGGCUUCUCGGCGGUCUGGCGCCCCGCGCCGCUGGUGCCCACCGCCGACGCCUACGCGCGCGCGGCCGUGCGCUGGGUCGGGCGCGGCGGCCCGCUCUGCGUGCCCAGCCUCCGGCACCGGCUGCUGUGGCGCCUCCUCGCCGCCGUGCCCGGCUGCGUGCAGGACUGGGCCUGCCUGCGCGAGGGCCUGCGGCAGAGGAAGACGUCCCGGAGCCGGGGAUCGUCGACGGCGUCGGCGUGCCAUGCCAGCAACCGAGUAGGAAACUGUCUCACGAGUGAGUGAAGUGACGUGACUCCUGGCCCCCCACUCUCACUUGUCACUCACGAGGACUCGAUGGAGUGAUAGGAAUAGCGCAACCGUUUUCAUUUUGAUUAAGCCAUAAAAAUAUUCGGCUGAAGCAACCUUGUAUGCGGCUCUUAAUAAAAAGUUGCUAAAAUGACAUGUGUACCGUCGACUAAUGAAACUAAACGAGGCCUU